AUUCAUGUAACAGGAUAGCAAGAUAAUUCCAGGAAUGGCUGCAUCACUGAGCUCAAAGAUCUUAGGAUCCGAGCUCACAAUUGUAAGAAGAUUUUGCAACCAUCUUAAUGCAAAACGCUUUUACAGUGGUGUCGCAGAAUCAGGUGAUACUGUGACACAUACUGGUCAAAAGUUUGAAGAAGAUGACUACAGAAAUGUUCGAUUCAUUGGGAAAGAAAAACAAGUUAAUCCAAAUUUUGCAAUCAAGCUGAUUGCUGAUACACCACCAAUUCCUCAGAAAGAGCGUGUUGUAGCGUGUGAUGGUGGUGGUGGUCCAACUGGUCAUCCUAAAGUGUACAUAAACCUUGAUAAACCAGGCAACCAUGCUUGUGGCUACUGUGGCCUUCGUUUCUUCAAAGAGGACCAUUAGAAAAGUAGUUCUGUAGCACUUUGAUAGCACAGUUUUGAUGUGUUACCAAUAUGUCUUGUUAUUAGUUACUUUUGCAAAUCGUGUACAAAUAAAUCUAUUUAACAUGAUUAA